AUGGAUAGUGGCGAGACCAAGCAGGGUUGGGCUUUGUGCAUCUGUUUGCUGGUGGCAUUGUCCGCAUGGGCGUUGCGACCCCACGGCCGCGCCCUUCUUUCGGCCACAUCUGCUUUGGCCACCGGCAGAGCCUGGCAACGUGGCCUAGGUUUGCUUCAGUCGAUGCCUUUGCGCUGCCUUGAGGGGUCUACAGAGCAGGAUGUGCGAACCGUGCAGCACGCAAACGCAGCCGCCGCCGGCUGCCGCAGCUCCAACUGGCAGAGGUGCUUGUGCCUCGUGGACCUUGGUGAAGGGUUUGGCCGCGGCACUGCAGCGGCAGCCUGUGCACAAGGCUACGACUGGAUCUCGGCCCUUUGGCUCCUUUGGUCAAUGCCCGGAAGGUCUUCAUCGAUUGUUGUCAAUGCUGUACUGUCUGCCGCUGCCCGGUCUUUGCGCUGGAAACCUGCAUUGGAGGUCCUUCUAGCUCGGAACAUGGAGACUGAUGCGGUCUCGUUCGACACCACCAUCGCCAGCUGCACGUGCACCUGGAAGCGAACUCUGGACCUCUUGGCCACUACAGCACUGUUGCGCCUUUAUGCCGGCGAGGAGGCUGUAAGCAGCGCGCUUGACUCGAGCGCCCGGCAGGCAGCAUGGAUCCAGGCCGUUGACUUGCUUGGCCAUCUACAAGAGAGACGGUGCCUCGAUGCUGCUGCACUGGAUGCUGCAGCACAGGCGAUGUUCCUGGGCAGCCCAUCCAACCUUCCAGCUGUCCUAGCAGAGGCUGCUGCAGCUGGCUCCGCGGCGAUCCUGACACUUGAGCUAAGGUCGGGAAAAUAA